AACUUUCCCUAUGACCCAUCUUCAUCUUUUCUCCGAAAGAAAUCAUCUUGCCUCAAGUUUUGGAGUUUCUUUUACUGAUCCGUCCAUGCCCAUGUUGAUCAGAAGAUUGGAUUUUUGGAGGAACAAGACGAAACAUAAGAAGAACUCAGAAACAAAUCAACGGCUGAAAUUGUUCAAAGAGAACGGGAAGGUCCUCUUAGAAGAUCUCAUAGAGCUUUGCAACGGCAAAUCCAAUCCAAUCAAAACCUUCUCUGCUAACCAAAUCCUCGAAGCCACCAAUAACUUCAGCGAGAGCAACCACCUGAUUCGGUUCGAGCUCAUGUACAGAGGUAUCCUCGAAAACCGUCCUGUCCUAAUCAAAAGACCCAUAUGGAAGCUGUACACAUCUGAUACAUUAGCAAAGAUCUGUCGAGACAUAGCGGUCUCAUCAAUGGUCAGUGGUCACAAGAAUUUCCUCAAACUGUUAGGAUGUUGUCUCGAGUUUGAAUAUCCGGUCUUAGUUUGUGAAUAUGCAGAACGUAUACCUUCCAAUACUCCAAACCUGGGAUUAGGAAUGCGAAUUAAGAUAGCGAAAGAGAUUGCGAUUGCUGUUUCUUACCUUCACACCGCGUUUUCAAGAACUAUGAUCCAUAUGGAUAUACAACCUUCUAACAUUUUCUUGGAUUCAAAUGGAACAGUAAAGCUAAGUGGGUUUUGUCUCUGUGUCUCGAUUCCAGAAGGAGAGACAUUUGUUAAGGUUGAUGCUGACAGAGUAGAAGGAGUAUUAGAUUACCUCGAGUAUAAGUAUGUGACGACUGGUGUAGUCACUGAGAAUACCGAUGUUUUCAGCUUUGGAGUGUUGUUGCAAAAUCUUUUGACCACAAAGCAUAGAGUGGUUGAUUGUUGCAGUGAUGAUGAACGUAUGCCUGAGAAGUUUGUAUCCGAACAAAAUGUGAUGAAUCUGAGGAUUUCAGAUAGGGUAUCCAAAUUUGUGGAAGAGGGAAGAAUCUUUGAGAUCUUGGAUCCAAAUAUGUUCGAAAGUAUGGAUGGUGAUGAAAAUCAAGAACGCGAGAGACAGCGAAUGGAAGCAGUCAUUAUGCUCUCACUCAGAUGCACUGGUAACAGAGGUGAUGUUCCAAAGAUGAUGGAAGUGGCCAAGGAACUAAAAAGGAUUGAGAGAUGGACAUAGAACUAGAAGAGAUGUUGUAAACUUUACUGGGUGAAUUUGUAAUAAUAAAGAGUUCUGGUGUUUGAACACGUAAAGAAUGUAGUACCUCUAGGCGAGGAGGUGUCUUGAUUUUGUUGUAUGUAUAAUGGAGCCACCAAGAUAUUAUAAU